UCGCACACAUCAGUAUAAACCAAAAGCAUAGAAGCAUAAGCAGUUGCCUGUGGAAUUCAAUGAGCUUGUUCUAGAAGAUGGGGUGCUACACCAUAGUCAAAACCAAUUUCGCCAGUCUUGUUAAUCCCCACUCUAUUGCAAAAUCCCAUUUCGGUUUAGGCAGUAAGCGUCAGAUUUCAUUUGCCUUUGGUGGGAAAUCGUUUCACACAAUCAGAAGCAGGCUGCCCUUCUCUGUUUCUGCCAUGGGCUCUUCAUCCUCCUCUCAGAAACAAGACAGCUCUCAAGAGGCGGGAAACACGAAUUACAGUUCCAUAAGUGAAGCAGAGUGGAGGAAGAAGCUUACUGAUCAGCAGUUCUAUGUCACUAGACAGAAGGGCACUGAGAGGGCAUUCACCGGAGAAUACUGGAACACGAAAACCACCGGGACGUACCAUUGCAUCUGCUGUGACACUCCUUUGUUCGAGUCAUCGACCAAAUUCGACAGCGGGACCGGAUGGCCCUCGUACUACCAGCCCGUGGGAAACAACGUGAAGUCGAAGCUGGACCUGUCUAUCAUCUUCAUGCCGCGUCAAGAAGUUCUCUGUGCAGUCUGCGAUGCUCAUCUCGGCCACAUCUUCGACGAUGGCCCUCCGCCUACGGGGAAACGCUACUGCAUCAACAGUGCUGCCCUUAAACUAAAGCCUAAGUAGAUUUUGGCUUUUUCAGAAGAAACAAAGUCAGCAAUAAUUAGUAUUUAUAUUCAUAAAAAAUUGCCUCAGAUUUGCUGUGAGAGAGCUGUUUGUGUUGUAACAUGUUACAUGUGUAUAUUAUUUUGGAUCUGAUCGGAGGGAAUAAAGUGUAAUGUUGUUGGA